CCAUCCCACGGCCCAGAGGGGCGGGGCCAUGCAAAUCUGCGCGUGGUGGGCGUGGUUUGAUGACGUUUGGGGGCGGGGCAUGCUGCGGGAGCGGUGGCGCGCGCCAUGGGGCAGAAGGAGCCCGACCUGUACCGGGACACGUGGGUCCGAUACCUGGGUUAUGCCAACGAGGUGGGCGAGUCCUUCCGCUCCCUGGUGCCAGUGCCGGUGGUGUGGGCCAGCUACGGCGUGGCCACCGCCUACGUGACCGCAGACGCCAUCGACAAGGGUCGGAAAGCUGCCGCUGUGAGUACCCCCCCUUCCUCACCCCCCAGCCUCUGUAUCUCCACCCUGCCACUGACCCCUGUGUCCCCCCAGGCCCACGCUCAGGACUCCACACGUGUGGGGGUGGCCGUGGUGGACACCUUCGUGUGGCAGAGCCUGGCCUCGGUGGUCAUCCCCGGCUUCACCAUCAACCGGCUCUGCGCUGCCUCGCUGGCCCUGCUGGGGUCCCUCACACGCUGGCCCCUACCCGUGCGCCGCUGGACCACCACUGCCCUGGGGCUGGCUGCCAUCCCCCUCAUCAUCACCCCCAUCGACAGGACUGUGGAUUUCCUGAUGGAUUCCAGCCUCCGCAAGCUUUACAAGGCACCAGGAGAGCCCCCGACGUCGCACUGAGCACCACCCCGUGCACUCUGGGGAAACUGAGGCAUGCUGCUGUGACCCACCUACUGUGACCCCUCACUCUGGUGACCCCCAGAGUGGCCACCCUGCUCCACUCUAGUCCUAAUAAACCAUUUCAAA